AGUUAUUUGCCACACAACUAACAGACUGGAAAGCUGUCUUUACCAUGGCUGAAUCUUGCAGUGUGUCUUCCCUGCUGUUUCUGCUCCUGUUGAGCGUCCCUUUAGCACAACACGGGGCAGCAGCAACUUCUGGAACAACAACAAAAUCAACAUCACAAUCCACUCUAAAAACCGCAUCUAAUACUGAAGCUUCUACAGAUGCCGGAAUAUCUGUGUCUCACGAAACAUCAGCGACAACAAAAACAUCACAAGCCACUGUAAAAUCUACAUCCAAUACUGUAAAAACUACAGAUGCCAGAAUAUCUGUGUCUCACGAAACAUCAGCGACAACAAAAUUAACACCACAAGCCACUAUAAAAUCUACAUCAAAUACUUUAAGAACUACAGGUGGUACACAUACUGAUGAAACCAGUUAUACGACUCUGCAUACAAACGGGACAAAAACUACUAACGGUGGUACACAUACUAAUGAAACCAGUUAUACGACUCUGCACAAAAACACGACAGAAACUACUAAUGACGCCUACGCUUCCAAGGGCUUGUCAGAUAAUCCAGGCUUGGUUGCUGUUUUAUGUAUAUUUAUUUCUAUUCUCUGCAUUGCUCUUGUGGUGACUGCUGUGAGGUUCUGCCAUAAGCCGAAUCCAGAAUUUCAGAAGCUGGAAGAUGUCCCAAUGAAUGGCUUGAAUGAAGAAGUUCCAUUUGCUCGAUACCCCCCAAAAUAAUAGAACUAAAUUGACAUUAUGACUACUUGCUUGUUUAACGCAAAGCUACAUUGUUUCUGUUGAAUACAGAUAUGUUUUUUAACUGAAUUUUUAUUCUGCCUAAUUGUCACAAGAAAAUAAUCUUGUAUUGUGUAUGUUCUCAGUACAAUUAAAUUA